AUGAAAUUAUUAACAAUUUUGUUAUUUAAUUUAGUUAAUGUAUUGUUUAUUAGCAACACAUUAUCCGUAACAAAAUAUGAGCCCAACUGGACAUCGCUUGACUCGCGACCACUUCCCGAUUGGUUUGACGACCAGAAAAUCGGUAUUUUCCUACAUUGGGGUGUAUUUUCAGUGCCGUCACAUAUAAAUGCCUGGUUUUGGUACAGUUGGAAACACGACAAAAGUCAAGCGUUCAUUGAUUUUAUGACCAAAAACUAUAGGCCAGACUUUACGUACGCCGACUUUGCCCAUCAGUUUAGCGCCGAGUUUUAUGACCCGUCCCGUUGGGCACAGAUAUUCAAAGCAUCGGGUGCCAAAUAUGUGGUGCUUACCAGUAAACAUCACGAAGGAUAUACAUUAUGGCCGUCAAAAGUGUCGUUUAAUUGGAACGCCAAAGAUGUCGGACCUAAUCGUGAUUUGUUGGGUGAUUUAGCAAUAGCCGUACGAAAAGCUAACAUCAGAUUUGGUGUCUAUCAUUCACUGUAUGAAUGGUUUAAUCCAUUGUAUUUGGAGGACAAGGCUAACAAUUGGACAACAAAUAGAUUUGUUACUCACAAAACAAUGCCUGAAUUAAAGGAAUUGGUGAACUUGUAUGAACCGGACGUUAUUUGGUCCGAUGGGGACUGGGAGGCACCCGAUAGCUAUUGGCAAAGUACAGAUUUUUUAGCAUGGCUUUAUAAUGAUAGUCCAAUUAAAGAUAAAGUGGUUACCAAUGAUAGGUGGGGUGCGGGCAUAUCCUGCAAACACGGCGGCUAUUUUAGUUGUGCCGACCGCUACAAUCCGGGAACACUACAACCGCGCAAAUGGGAAAACGCUAUGACUAUUGACCGAAACGCGUGGACCUAUAGACGCGAGGCUCAACUCCAAGACUUUUUGACACCCCAUGAGUUGAUUGCAACUAUUGUCCAGACAGUCAGUUGCGGUGGAAAUAUUCUGGUAAAUGUCGGUCCAACACAUGAUGGACGCAUAGCACCCAUAUUUGAGGAACGCCUACAACAAAUGGGUCAAUGGCUUUCAAUUAACGGUGAAGCCAUAUACGGUUCUAAGAUAUGGAUACAUCAAAACGAUACUAUUACUCAUAAUAUUUGGUAUACAACUAAUAGCAACAAAACAGCUGUUUAUGCAGUUGUAUUGGAUUGGCCUCAAACUGGACAAGUAGUGUUAGGUUCUGUCAAAUAUAGCACUGUUAGCUCUGUUACAAUGCUGGGCACUACUACAGGUGCAUUGAAUUAUAGUGAGGACAGCAAAACUGGCUCAACUCGGGUCACAUUUCCUGUAGUCAAUCCUGAAAGUGGCCUACUCUGGGCUUAUGUAUUGAAAAUUAUAGCUAAUUGAAAACUAAGUUAGUUUUAAAUAUUAAUUAAAUAAAAAAU